ACAGCCGGGGGUAAUGCCCAAGGGGGUCCCCAACUAACCUUUACUACUUCACCGCAACCAACCACCUCACCGCGUUGCGCGCCGAGCCCCCACCUUGCGCCCCCAAUCUCGUCAAAAACGCCCCUGCUUACUUCCUCUUGACCAGACUACAGUGUACCUACCGAGAGCACUACUGAAGCUGCCUACGCGUUGCUCUUUCUCCAUUCCCUAGCGACGUCUCUAAAACUCCACGCGAUGGCUUCUGUCCCUUUCCUGUGUCGCCUACAAGCCACGGUCUCGCCCGCGCGCCCCGCCGAACCUCCGCCGUUCCCUGUGGAGCGCCUCGCCGACGACGUGCUCGCGCUCGUCCUCCGCGCGCUCGCGCAGGACUCCUUCCGCUGCGCGGCCCUCGUCUCCAAGCGCUGGCACCGCCUCGUCUCCGCCUCGCUCUCGCAUCUGACCGUUCAGCACCGCGGAUUUAAAUCGAAUCAUAUUAUAGAGAUACACAAUCCCGAGCACUUCCGAAACAAGCAACUCGCAUGGCUUCCGCUCCCCCGCCUCCUUUCCGCGCUGGGGCGCUUUCCCGCCCUCACGCACGUAUCGCUGGGCGCAUUCUCGAUCUUAUCCGCCGACGGCGACGCGAUCUUCCAAUGCCUGGCUGCCACGUGUCCAGGCCUGACGCAUCUAACGGUGGAGCAUCAGUUUCGCAUGACGGUUACAGUUACCGGCCUCUCGUCUCUCUUCCGCGGGUGCCGCAAGCUCAGGGAGUUCCGGCUUCUCACCACCCACGCCCUCCCGCAUCUCCCCGCCUCCCUCUCCCUCCUCACGGACCUCCACACCCUCCACGUGUGCUCGGAUCCUCACUAUGGAGAAGAUUCGUUACAGAAGCUCGUUUCGCCGCCCGAGAGCAUCAUCGGCGCGCUUCAGCAGCUGCGGGAACUGCGGAUCUGCGUGGGGGCGAAUUUCCAGGGACUCUCGGAGUGCGUCGGCAGCCUGAGUAACCUCCGAAGCUUAAGCGUCAGUAAUUGCUUCUCGGAAGCUGUUAAGAAGCUUCCCGACACGAUCGGCGACUUGGGGCUUCUAGAAACCCUAGAUAUCGACUUGGAUGGGCUGGAGCGCAUUCCGGAAUCCUUUCAACUGCUGACCGGGCUGAAAAACUUUUCCCUUCGAUCGGAGAGUUUACAACAUCUGCCCGAAAAUGUCGUGGCAUUGCUGACUCAGCUGCAGACACUCACCCUCACCGGCUGCAAUUCCCUUGCAGCCCUCCCUGAUACCCUCUGCCUCCUCCCCCUCUCCUCCCUCUACAUCUGCUACUGUACCUCCCUGGUCUCACUACCACAACACAUCGGCGCCUUGUCCAAUCUGCAGACCCUAGAGCUCUUCAACCUUACAAAUAUCCGGUCUCUGCCCGAAAGCCUGGGGAAUUUACCCCAGCUGAAAACGCAGAAGCUAGAGCUGCCCGCACUGCAGCACCUGCCCGAGAAUUUGUGUGCAGGAAGCCUGCGCCAUUGCCUGGAAGAGCUCGAAUUGACGGGGUGUAUGCAGCUGAAGGAGCUUCCUCCUUCACUGUACAUGCUGACUCGCUUAGAGAAAAUCCAUAUCGAGUCGUGCUCCCUUAUAGAGUCAUCACAGCCGCUGACCUCACCAAACCCUCCGGAAGCUUCCGGAACUGCAUCCGAGAAUUUCGGGUACACGAAAAAGGCGGUUACUGCAGCACUGCUCACAGCUGCAGUUUUCGCCGCCAUGGCACUGAUCUCCAUGCCGCUGCUUGCCAUACAAUGAAUCAUAACGCCUCCCUCCACUGGGCUUGUCAUCAACCCCCCUAUCCUGCUGCUCCCGGCCGCCAUGCUCGCUUUCAGCAGAUUCACCAACGCUUUUGCAAUGGUUGGAUGUCUCCUUGUUACUAUAGUGGCGCUGCUGGUCACUGUGCUGCCCAGUGCGUGGCUCCCUUCUGCCAUGCUGCUUGCCGCUGCUCUGCUCGUGACCGCAUUCCUAAGUUGCAGUAAAGAAGACACUACCGUUGGCGCCGAUACUGCCACUGCCACUGUCUCGGCCCUUCCUCUUGAUCUGUCUUCCGUUCUUUUCUGUGCUUCUGCCUCUGCUUCCAUCUCUGCUUCCACCUCUGCCCCUCCCCCGGCCUUAGUCUCUAUCCCUGUUUCUGACCCUGCUCCAAUACGCACAGACCACCAUCCUGGCCUAGUUUCCCUCACCGAACUAAAAGUUUCCGACUGCCCGCUUAUCUCCUCUCUCCCAGAAAACUUCUCCUUCCCCGCCCUCCACACGCUCGCCCUGCGUUCCCUUGGCGACCUGAGCAAUCUCCUGGACUUGUCAGCCAGCAGGCUACCGAACCUGCAGCACGUGGACCUGGAAGAGGUGGGUGGGGAGGCUGGCACGUGGCUGAUAGACAGUCUCCCUGGUGCUCGGGCGCGGAGGCUGCGCCUGCUGCUGCAUGACAGGUUUCUCUGCAUGCUGCUGCUGGGAGUGGAGUUGCUGCUCGAGGUGGCUGUGCUGCUGGUAGGCCGCGUGUAUUCAGCGGUGAAAGGGGUGGGCGCGUGGUUGGCUCAUCUUGCAUGUUGGUUGUUCAGGCUGCAUGGCUGAUUGUGUAGGAGGGGCUUUAGGAAGCUACAGUCAUAUGCUGCAGUGAGCGACUGGCCACUUGAGGGUGUCGUGCUUGAAGGUACAUAUUGAUGGUAAAGUGAGAGUACACACAAAUAUAUCUAAGUUUUGUAUCCUCUAAGAGGUGACUCUAUACAGUCUAUAUCCUCUAAGAGGUGACUCUAUACAGUCUAUACAAACAUGACAAAUACACAUGUUUGACACAU